AUGCUCCUGCAAUGGAAGUGGGUGAGAAACACAAUCUCUCCAAGCCGAGAUGUGUUUAUGCUGGCUUUCUAUGGAUGUGGCAUCGUGGGAAUGCUUGCCGUCUACGGCAUCCUGCAGGAGCGAAUCAUGACGGUGAGCUAUGAAGACGAGAUGUUUCGUCACUCAGUCUUCCUUGUCUUGUGCAACCGAUUGGUGGCGGUGGUGUUUGCUUGUGUCCUGGCCAGCAUGCACAAGGAGAGCCUUGCCAACAAGGCUCCGCUGCGUUUCUAUUUGAUCGUUUCCCUGAGCAACGUGAUUGCCAGCACCUGCCAGUAUGAAGCCCUCAAGCACGUGUCCUUCGUUGUCCAGAUGCUGGGAAAGUCUUUCAAGACAAUCCCGGUAAUGAUGUGGGGAGUGGUGGUGAGUGGCAAGCGGUACAGCUUGACCGACUGGCUCCUUGCAGCCGUUGUCACGGGUGGCAUCACAAUAUUCUUGAUCUCUGGACCGCAUGGGCCCGGUUCCGCACGCGAUGGGUCCGGGUCCAGUACUCUGGCUGGCCUGGUUCUUCUUUCUGGUUUCUUGACCUUCGAUGGUCUGACCUCUGUCAUGGAGGAGAAGCUCUUCAAGGAGUACGAGACUUCCAAGUGGAACCAGAUCUUGUACGUGAAUUUGCUCUCCUCCACGACUUCCGCUGCUGCGCUGGUCCUUUCCGGUGAGUUGCUGCCGGCCCUGGGCUUCUCGCGGCACGCGGCAUUCCUCAGAGAUGCUUCUUGCCUGAGUUUGUCGGCAGUGGCGGCACAAUACUUUAUCUAUUCACAAAUCCGCGAAUUCGGUGCUGUGGUCUUUGCGCUGACCAUGAACAUUCGCCAGGUGGUGUCCAUCGCCUUGUCCUACAUAACUUAUGCGCACACAAUGACUUCGUGGCAGCUGGCCGGGAUCGUCCUGGUCUUUGCCACACUUUUCUACAAAAGUCUCCUGCCGGGCAAACUUGCGAAGGUAGCGGCACUGACAGCAUCUGCCAUCGAGGGCGCGUUUCGCGAAGGAGGCCCAGCCGUCGAGAUGUAUUGCAGCCGAGACUGCCAGAAUGAGCACUGGAAGGCUGAUCUUGCUUAUUGGCGGCAAGGCAGCUUGCAGGUCCGCUUCUUGCCUGAUCCCUCCCUGCCAUGGAAGCAGGUGCCUUUGCCUCUGCGGAUUCCGAGCCUGCCGCUCUACCACCUCGUUCGCGGGCCUCCAGCUGUUCGUCUCCUUUGCAGAGGCGAAGGUGCCACGGUUUGGGAUGGAGACAAGAUCGAGGUCAGCAAGAAGCAGGAAUUGCAUGGCGAGCCCAGUCCACGGGAGGUGAAUUACGACCUCCUCGAGCAAGAGUCAUCAGCGUGGCUGGCCUUGACCUUGCGCAGGAACCGAAAGCGCAACACAACAUGGAGUUGGCAGUCGACGUUGCCAUUCGUGGCAGAUGCUGUGGAGAAGCGAGGGAAUGUGGCUGCAACUCUACAGUUUGCAGGCCUUCUUACUCAGGCUUGUGCUUGGAUGACUAUGGUCAGAGGAAAUCCUGGCAGCCCCCCGAAGGCAAUAUUUCAUUUCGCUGCGCUGCUUGAGCUGGGUGCUGCAGCUGCCUCAUUGGCUGCUUUUGUCUGCUUCCUCUCACAAUUCCACAACAGGCUUCACCUACUCACCGCGGAGUUCAUCUUUGCCCAAACUGACGGCUCGGUAUUGAUUUGGCCUGCAGAUUUCCAACUGCAGCUUGGACCAUGUGCUGUUUUCCUAGCCACUGGUGGCACCUUGUCACUCCUUUCUAGCUUCGUGCUGCUGCACUCCCAUGCAGCGAGGCGGACACGAAAGGAAGAUACCGUGCAAAGAGUGCGACGACCCCCACUGUACCGGUCCAAGACAUCCACUCGAGCUGCAGGAGAACUUCUCUUUGAGGCAUCAGUGUUGAAGAUGAAGUCACACGACCGUCGGAUCGUUGCAGCUGUGCUGGUAGCCAUGACCCUUCUUGCUCUACUCUUGGGCCUGAUGGCAUUUCUACUGGGUCGUGGGGGGGUCGAGGAUGGCGUCAGCAAGGCUUUUCGUGGACCUCAAGAUGGAGUUAGGCGAACUGCUUUGGUUGCCCAAGCCAUAUCUCAUGCUGUCGGAGGCUCGACAAGGAUGCUUGGUCGAGGAAUCGGUGUGGUCGUCACCUCCUUUGCAGGAGCAGUGUUCCAAAAGGCUGCUGCCGGCGCUCAUGUUCUUGUAGCUGUGGUGAACCCGUGUCAUCAGAUGCUGCAGCAUGCCGUGUUCCAAGCAGUUUCAGGCAUCGGGCAAGCAGCAAAGUGGCUUGCAGAUGCUGCCAAUGCGGCCGCGCAAAGUCCAUCUGCUGCAGCCAAGGUAGUCCCGGAGUCGCGAGUCACACAGGAGGCGUGA